AUUGCGUUCAGCCCGCUCCAAACUGGCCCUCGUUUCGAGGCCAAACUUGCAGCCAUGCAAGCAACACUACGAGCUCCGAAGAUCGCGUGCUCGCCGCUCUCAGACAGACUUUGAGCGAAAUUGCCAUCCAGCACCUUGCUCGGCAUAGCCCAAAGAUCUCACCUCCUCACCUAUAAAGAUUGCCUGCCUCACGCUCCUUGGUAAGCCUGUUCCCCCAGCUCUCACACGGCGCCUCCUCUUCCCUCCCUCCUUUGCACAACCCACCGCCCACCUUCUGAUUGAAGCUUACUCAUAUUCACUAUCAUGUUGAAGCGCAUCAAUCUUUCGGCUGCUUACGUGCUGCUCAGCACUAUCGCGCUCAGCGCUCUCGCCUCGCCCACCGACGCCCUCGGUCCAAGGAGGGAAAAUUUCGGAGGUGGCUGGAACGGUCACGUCAAUGUGAUCAAGGGCAGUGACAGCCCUAUUGAGAGGCGUGUCUCGCCUGCUACCGCACUCCAAAGCAGGGACGGCAUGUAUGGCGGUGGGCAACGCUGGCACGUAAAUGGAGUCAAGACCAAUGACAGUCCCAACCAGAGGCGUGCUACUUAUGGUGGUAGCGAUGGGGACAACAAUAAUCUUGAAACUGAAGGACGUCCCCACAGACGUUCAGACGCUGCCGUUGAGAACGUGCAAAACGGUUCGCUGCCUCGUUUCAACAAGAGAACGGACGAAGUUCCGCAGAAGGCUGGUCAAGGAGAAGACCCGGAUUCCACCGAAGACGAUGAUCUCGAUCUCUCUCAAAACCUGGCGUACAACCAAACUCAUGUUGUGCGCAAGGGGCCGGAGGGCGAGCCUCAAAAUCAGAGAGGCACCCUCGGCUCGAGCAUCAAUGGUUUCCUUCACGGCUUCGGCACUGGUCUCGGCGCUGGCAGCGGUAUCAACUGGCAGCGCGGAGCUGUUGGCGGUGGUUGGAACGCCGGCAUCGAGAAGUCUGGUGUUGGCUUUGGCGGCGGCUACACCCUCACGCCGCACAAUUUCACCUUUGGGCAGGGAAGCCGUUUCGGGCCCAUCAGCAUCAACAUUAGCUGUAAGUGGGCCGAAGAACAUCACAAUUUUUCCCCACUCUCUCGCGAGGUGAAUGAGGCUGACGCUCGGCGCGCAAUGUGCCGGCCUGCUUGCAGUCAACAUCACCGACGCCGGCGACAUUCAGCUGCACUUCGAUACCACUUCUCAUGCUCCUCUCGUCUGCAAGAGCAGAGUUGCCCAACCCAACAACGGUGAUACCAAGCAGCCAGAGGUGGUCACCAAGACGGAAACCGGGAACGAGACUCCCGGCCGUCGCGAUGCCGGGACCGGCGACGAAGCUCCUUUGGCUCUUCCUCUCGCCUCCACUUCUUACGACUGCCUCGUCGCUCAACACAAGUACGACGGUGGACCAGAGAAGCAGCUACAGAAGGACGAGCAGCCUGAAAAGACGAAAACGACGACUCCAAGUGAUGAGCCGCAACCGACCGACGACCACUGAGAUCGAGAGCUCUCGGCCCUGGCUUGCGUGCAUCAAACAGAUGACAUCGAGAUAGUAUCCGACCUUCACGUUCAGGUAGACUUCUCGAUUUGUCUCUGAAAAUUGUCCCAUGUCAUAGUCUGUGAAAGUUUCGUCAGCUCCAUCCGCCGCCGUUGUUCCGAUCACGGGCGACCGUUUGCCUGUACCUUACGCUCUUUUCUCAUCCUUUUGCACAAGCAAUGGACACUGCGCCUCAACAGCGACC